AUGGCUUUUGUUGCAAUGAAACCUGUUAAGUCUGGUUUAGAGGAGCCUCAAGACCAAAUCCAUCGUAUUAGGAUUAAUUUUUCAUCAAAGAAUAUCAAAAGUCUUGAAAAAGUAUGUGCUGAUCUUAUUCAUAGUGCUAAGGAUAAGAGCUCGAGGAUCAAGGGCCCAGUGAGGAUACCAACUAAAGUUCUCAAUAUUACUACUAGAAAAGCUCCAUGUGGUGAAGGAACAAACACUUGGGAUAGGCUUGAGCUUCGUAUCCACAAGCGUGUGAUUGAUCUUUUUAGCUCUGCUGAUGUGGUGAAGCAGAUUACUUCUAUCACCAUUGAACCUGGUGUGGACGUUGAGGUUACAAUUGCAGACUGAUUGAGCGUGCUUGGUUUAGGAUUUUCUGAUUAUUGUAAUGAAUUUUUGUUUUGAUAACAAUUUUGGUUUGCUACAUUGAAUUUUAAUUUCUUAUUUUCAAUUGUUUUGCCGUGGGAACUAUUCAGUGAAUUUUAAAGUUUUGGU